UGCAGGAGCAAGGGUUCAUGGAUCUGGCGGUCAUUGGCGGUUCAGGUGUUGGAGUCGUUGGUGGCAGAUGGGGGCUGUGUUGGGCGGCGGCAUCAUGGUGGCAGCGGCGGUGGCGAUUGGGGCACAUGGUGGCUUUUGGGUCAGCAACAGGGAGGCGGCAGUGCAAUGGAGGCAACGAGGGUGGUUUCUCAGGCGGCAGCUCUCACGUCAUGGCAGCAUGGUGGCAGUAUUUCAGCGGCACACGGCAGCGACAACAGGUCGACUGGCAUGGGAGGGGCUUCUUUGCCGCUUUGGGGCAGCAAAAGGGGCUGGUUCUCCGGGUUCCGAUAGCGGUGAUGGAGCGUCUUCAUUGUUUGGCGGCUGUUUUGGGUGCAUUUGGCAGAUUGGGUGGGUUUUUUCUGGCUGGUUUACGGCUCAGGCAAUGGGGAGAGGAAACCUCUGGAGCAUUUCUUGACAGCUGUGGACGAAGUUUCAGCUAAGGGUAUUGCUUCCAUUGCUCAAAAGCUUAUUUCUUCCCCCCUUACGAUGGCAUCUCACGGAGACGGUAGUUACCUGUUUCACAAGUUUUGUGACUAGUAUCCUCAGUAUUUUUUGG